AUGCUAAGCCGAUUGCACCACCUCAACCUCGUGAAAUUUAUUGGUAUAUGCAUUGAAGAACGUACACGCUGCUUGGUCUAUGAGGUUGACUUGUUCCAAAUGGCAGUGUUGAGUCCCACUUACAUGGACUCAAUCAUAUGCCUAGCUCAUAUGCCUAGCAAUGUAUCUCAUUUUUUUAAUGUUCUACCUUUAAACCGUGGUUGCAUGUAUGAUGCUCCAGAGUAUGCAAUGGCAGGGCGUUUACUUGUCGAAAAUGACUUUUACAGUUAUGUGGUUGUGCUAUUAGAGCUUCUCUCAGGAAGGAAACCUGUGGAUACGAGACAACCUCCUAAGGUGGUUGCCAUUGCUUUCAUGUGUGUUCGUCCGAGUCAGGAGUCUUUAGCUCGUGAUUCAGACUUCAAAGGUAAUUUCGUGCCUUCUAAUAGCAGUUGGUGGAAUGCGGGUGGGAUUACCCCACGAUUGACAUAUGGACACACCUCAUCUUUCAUAACGAUUGUUUAUUGUUCAGAUCAUCUUAAAGUGUUAGAAAACAUUAGUCAAUAUUCAAUUUCAGUCGAGGGUGGAAUUGCAUUGCCAAUAAGGCACGGCAAUAGAUCUAGUCAUCUAAGGAUAGUCACGAGUAACUGA